AUGAGUGCUCAAGCCCAAUAUCCCGGCUUUACCGCACUUACGUCCAUGAAGUUUCCUCGCAAGUACUUGAUAACCAUGCAAAUGGGGCCUGAAAGCUACAAGAAACCGACAACCUUCGAGAGAAGCUGGCGGCGGAUUAAGGACUUAUAUGACAGCUUAAAAAAGGUCGGAGAAGAUGAUCCUAGAAGAGUGAUGCAUUCGUUGAAAGUCGGUCUGGCUCUCGCCUCGAUCUCACUAUUCUGUUACUUUCAACCUACUGACAGCAGUUUUGGUGCAUCUGCGAUGUGGGCUGUCAUGACCGUGGUGGUUGUUUUCGAAUUCUUCGUAGGUGCUACCAUUGGAAAGGGUUUAAACAGAGGAUUAGCGACACUCGUAGCCGGAGCUCUGGGUGUUGGAGUUCAUCACUUGGCUGGUCUAUCUGGGAAGAUUGGGGAGCCCGUACUAGUUGGAUUAUUUGUUUUUUUACAAGAUGUGUGUGAUAUGGGCAGCGGCAUUGACUACAUUCGUCAGGUUUUUCCCCAAAGUGAAGGCAAGAUACGACUACGGUUUGAUCAUCUUCAUAUUGACCUUCAGUUUGCUAGCAGUGUCUGGUUUCAAACUGAUGAAAUACUUGAACUGGCACACAAAAGGCUGUCCACAGUUUUGAUUGGUGCCUCUGCCUGCGUCAUUAUUUCCAUCUUUGUUUGCCCGGUAUGGGCCGGUGAAGACCUCCACAAUCUAGUCGCUGGAAACGUCGAAAAGCUCGCCAACUUCUUGGAAGGGUUUGGAGAUGAAUAUUUUGAAAGUCAAGAUGGGGAACAAGUAAAAGACAAACAGCCCGUUUCGCAAGAUUAUCAAAAGGUUCUAAAUUCAGAAAGCAAGGAGGAAACCUUGGUAAAUUUGGCAAGAUGGGAGCCUGGUCAUGGCCAGUUCACGUAUAGUCAUCCAUGGAAACGCUACCUAAAAAUUGGAACCUUGGCUCGUCAAUGCGCGUAUCACAUCGAAGCGCUUAAUGGCUAUCUUAAUUCCAAAAAGUCGGUAGCUGGCUUUUGGAGAGAUAGCAACCUCCUUGAGAUAGUACCGGUUAUCACUGUGGCUUCGCUCCUAAGAGAUGUUGUUAUCUGCACGGAGAAGCUCUCGGAAUCUGUUCAUGAGCUUGCAUCACUUGCACAUUUCAAAACUUCAGAAAAUUUACAAUCAAAUCUUAGGAAGAACGGGGGCGGUGUCGUUAUAAACGUUGACGGUUUGAAACAGGCUUCUCCAGAAAUUGAGAAUACCCCUGCAAAAAAAUCUGUUCAGCAAGUGUAA